AUGGAACAUAUUACCAAAGUCUCAAAUAAUGAUUUUUUUUUUUCUACUUGCUUUUUCUUUGGUUGUUUUAGGUCCCUUGUAGCUAAUCUUGCUGCUGCCAAUUGUUAUAAAAAGGAAAAACAUCUUGAUCUGGAGAAAAACUGGAUGUUGGUAGAAAAAGCAAGAGUUUGUUAUAUAGCUGGCUUUUUUCUUACCGUUUCCCCAGAGUCAAUAUUAAAAGUGGCUCGCUAUGCUUCUGAAAACAACAGGAUUUUCACUUUGAAUCUGUCUGCACCAUUUAUUAGCCAAUUCUACAAGGAACCAUUGAUGAAAGUUAUGCCUUAUGUUGACAUACUUUUUGGAAAUGAGACGGAAGCUGCCACUUUUGCUAGAGAGCAAGGCUUUGAGAUAGUGAAGUCACUGCUUUCCCUGUCUUGGAUCAAGACCAGAAAGAAAUCAUUGACACCAAUGGAGCUGGAGAUGCAUUUGUUGGAGGUUUUCUGUCUCAACUGGUCUCUGAAAAGCCUCUGACCGAAUGCAUCCGUGCUGGCCACUAUGCAGCAAGUGUCAUAAUUAGACGGACUGGCUGCACCUUUCCUGAGAAACCAGACUUCCACUGAUGGAACAGCAGAAGACCCAAGCCCAGGAGACAGACACAGCCCCCUGAUUGCUUCCUCAGAAUUCCCAUAUUAAUAAAGAAGAAAAUUAUCUGCCAACUUUUCCUACUACAAUAAUGUUCAAUCUUAAUCUAGAGGGUACAGUAAUGCUCUUGGAAUCUUUAUUAUCUCAACAACCUAAACAUGAUGUUUAUUUCCAUAGUUUGAUAUUGCCACUUAAAUGUCCAUUAAACAAGAAUAUAACAUUUCAAUAGAAA